AUGUACGAAACAGAGCUGAAGGCUUUAGACUUUAAACCUUCCCUGAAUGCUAUAAUACUUGGACAAAGUUCAAUGGCCGGAGCUUAUUUAGCAUUGCUCCGAUUUUUCUGUGUACUUAUCACUCAAUUAUCACAUGGAGCCAGCAGCCAACCAGAAUUUCGGGAUUAUUAUUGCAGCAACAGCAGCAACACAUCAAAUAGCACCUACCAGAACAACCUCAAUACUCUUUUAUCAAAUCUCGCUUCCGACAAACAAAUAGAUUAUGGCUUCUACAAUCUCUCUUAUGGUAGUUACCCAAAUACAAUAUAUGCUGUUGGAUUAUGCAGGGGAUAUGUUAUGCCAGACUUUUGCCGCAGCUGCCUCAAAAAUUCAUCAGUCCUGCUGCCACAACUAUGUCCAAAUCAGAAGCAAGCUUUUGGGAUUUACGAUGAGUGCUCGUUAUCUUACUCAGACACUUCCAUAUUAGGCAAUCGAGUGGAUCCUAUUGUUACAGUCUACAUGUGGAACGCAAACUUUGCGAAAAGUUGGAAUCGGUAUAAUCAGGUCCUUAUUGGUUUGCUGCGAAAUCUAAGUAGCAGAGCUGCAUCUGGUGGCUCCAGUCUAAAGUUUGCUGCAGGAAAUGAAGAAGGACCUGACCUUCAAAAUAUAUAUGCUUUUGUUUAG